AGCGUAUUUGAGGAGUAAUGAAUAGUAACUUGGCCGUACUAGAUGUCAUAUGUCUAGCUAAAAAGAGUGGAGUUGCCUCGAUGUUCCUACAAGGAGUGAACCCACAUUAAUAUUGCCUCCACCUCCUUCAUAUUCACGCACUACACACUGAUGACACCUUCACUUUUAAGACGUACAUUUACUAAGAACUGAACGAAAAAAUGGGUAAAAGCAAGCAGCACAGCCACCGUUCGAAUCAGAACAAGGUGAAGAAGGCGCAUAACCGCAAGAAGAACGCGGGACCGAAUCAACCAACUUCUCAGAUUUUGGCUACGACUACCGGAAAAGCUGCCAAGAAAGCAGCUCUCGCAGCCUCUAGUGCAACAGGAUCAGGUGGAAAUAAGAACAAAACAAAAGGAGCAAACAAGGUUGUCGCGCCACCGAAGUUGGUGGCCUUCAUCGCGCUCCAUGACUCAGCGAAUCCGUACCUGCUGAAAUCCCAGUGCCUGGCAAAAUUGGGACAUGCGACACCGACAGAACAUCUGCCUUACAGUCCUGUGACUGUUACUUUGCCACCAUGGGCACAACCGAGUGGGAAAGGUAUUCUACUUAAGGAAUGUGAAAAGGUAUUCUUAAGGCAAAACAUGUUGAUCUCAUUUUUUUCAUCGUCAACUCCAAUAAUAUUAUAGGAUGAAAAAAACGCAUCGAUCUCUGAUCACUUCUCCACACCUCCACUCACUUCCCUGCUUCCCCGCCACUCCGUAUAGUUGACCAGAAAUCUUCUUCAGGUACCCAAAGUAAUCGCAUUACGCUGUUGGAUGUGGCAAGCCGAGACAAAUUCCAUGUCCUGGACGCCGCGAAAGUUGCCGAUGUGGUUGUCCUUUGCAUGGGGCCAAACGGGUCCCUUGACAACCGACCCUUUGACGACAUUGGCUAUGAGACUUUGUCCUGCCUAAAGAGUCAAGGCAUUCCCACAGUGGUUGGUGCGAUUCAGGGUCUGGACAAGGCCACGUGCAAUGCGGCAGCGGCAGGAGGAGGCUCUAGUUCCAGUACAAGUAGUAGCGCGUCUUCUAACACAGCCAGUAGUUCCUAUCAAACGAUGGUGAGUCAACUUUUUUCUCAUGAAGUCGCAGCUCCUGCUUUUUCCCAAGUAGCUUCGGAUAAUGUAAUGACGACCGCUGAUGGUACCACGAUGAGCAAGAAGCAGCGAUUAGCAACGGCGAAAUUGAUCCAGCGAUUUUUUGAAUCCGAAUUUUCAACGGAGGAGCGCAUCUUCGAUGCAGACUCUGAAAUGGUGAAUAUGCUGAGACAUAUCAGCAACACGCAGCCAAAGGACGUGGCCUUUAGAAGAGACCGUGGCUAUUUCAUGGUCGAGCAAGCUGAGAUCAUCAACUCCUCAGCUGCUAGUGCUACACCUACACUCCUACCACAGGACAACCAAGUAGUAGGAGAAAAUAUGUCUUUGAAGCUGUCCGGCUAUUUGCGUGGCGCGGGCAUCUGUACGAAAAAUUUGAUUCACAUCUCGGGAGUGGGCGACUUCCCUAUUCAAGAAAUCGCUGUCAUGGACAAGCGCGGCGGCAGAGUUCUAAGAACCGUAGAGGGACGUUGUUCUAGUAGUGAUGGAGAACCAGAACCUUCGCCGUCCUUAACGAGAUUGCGGCCCUAUGACCCGUCACAAAAUGAACAGCACAUCGGACAAGAAGAUGAAGAAAUGGAAGGAGGUAUCUACUAUAUAUAAUCAAGCAGUCAAUAUUUAUAAGAAUAUCUUCAAAGGUUUGUUGUGAUUCCCAAGCUUAAGCUUUCUUAACUUGUAGAGCCUUUGAUUUGACAACUAGACUAGUAAUUUCAAGUCGGGAAAAACCUAGGCCUAAAUCGUUCGUUCAAGUAGAACAAUUCCGCAGCAACAGUUUUCGCGGUUUUUUCUGCGGCAGGAACGCUGUCAGUGCUGCUCGAAGAGAAAAGGGGGCCAACCUCUUGCGGGGUAUGGUCUCCAAUCUUUCGGUGGGUGUGGUAUUGGAUCUGGGUGCCCGCAAAGUAUUUCGGCACGUUUUUCGUGCAAAGCAUGACGGCGAUGCGGUAGCCAGAAUUGCCGUCGGCCGGCCCUGGCCGCGCGCACCCGGGGGCGCGGUUACACAUGUGCGCCGAGGAAGCGAGCCAAGCCCAGGACCCGACGCGCAUACGCGACCGGCGUCGCCGUCCGAUGGAACGGCCGCCAGUCGCCAAGGUGAAACGCGUCAAAUCCGUGCCCUGCUACCGCUGCCAAGUGGGACGCGGGUCCGGAUAGCCCUGACUGCUUCAGACCGGGCGAGGCUGCGCGUCCCUGGGUACCCUCUCACGACUUGCAUGCGUGGCCCAUCGCCACGAAUUGGCCACCGAGUUGACAGCAGUGAAGGCCCAGGCGUGUCCUUUGGGCGGAAUGGCAGCGCGCUUCCUCAACAGUGCCACAAGGAGCGCACCUGCGCGGGCAGGCGAUUGGCUUGGUUGCUGGGUAUAACGCUCAAGCUCAUACAGAUGAAAGCUUGCCAGCUAUUCGCUUCACUAGACUCGGUGCCCAAGGUGCGGCGCCUCGUGUGUGAUUGGAUUGCCGGGCACCGCAUUGCGCGCACUUUUUGACUACGAGGCCCAGGGCGCACCCCCUGCGCCCGUGGGAUGUGCUGACAAUGGUAACGGGGUGACUGUGCAGGCAGCUGCUGAGGAACGGACAGCAAUCCAUGGCCAAGAAGCUCGCGCCUUCGCUUUUCAUCUCGGUGGCGCAUGCGCUCGCGGGUGCUCUCUUUCUGAAAGCCGGGGCUGGUCAGGCGAUAGCCCAGGACGGUCUCUAUGUAUUUGGUCCAGCAGUCCGCGCUGACUAUUACACUUCUGCCGUGGCCUUCAUCCAGGCGCAACCCUGUGGGGGCGCGGGCAUGUUUAUGCAAGCCCUCCCGAACCAUACUGCUUCAGCCGCCUACUCCUGUUGUUUAACUAAAGCGCUUCUUUGGGAUUUAGUCGGGGAGGAAAAGCGGGGCGCCUUGUCAGAACUUGCCCGCAGAGACUCGGCCAGCGCAGGCGUCCUCCGCUCCCUCGAGUUCUCUCGGGUGGGCUUUGGGCGUGCAUUGCGGUCGCUACAGGGGGAGGGACUGUUGUGAAUAUGCCGAAGCGCAUCCAUGAAGAUGAAGAAGAUGACGACAGAAGUAAAGCAGUGCACUCCGUGAGGAAGGUGCAAGCUGUUCCAAGUUCAAGGCCCAGGCUGUUGCUGUACUCUGCAAGUUUCUGCGGCAGAAGAAGCGCAAAGAUAUCAGAAAGCGAGGGCAAACGCGUGAAGAAGUGAGCAAGAACAUACAAACAACUCCAACACAUGAGCAACAGCAUGGCAGUGGAACGCUAUAGGCCUUGAGUCAGUGGCAAGCUUUGCGUGCACACGUAUAAGCUAACAAGCGCGCACCCAAGACCAAGAACUGCAGCCGCUGCAGAUUAUUGGCCUACCAAACAAGAAAGCGCAAACAAAUACAAACUGCGCGCCCGUGUCUUCCUCGUUCCUUCGUUCUCCGCGUGAUAGCUCUGCUCCCGCAGAGUUAUGGGCCCAAAUUCGUAACGCAGGUUCUUGGGCUCAGUAUCUUGCUACUCCGGAAGGAGCUGGGGACUGCCAGCGAACAAGCAGCAGCAGCAGGAGGAGGCCGCCGCGCUUCGCACGGUUACAAGAUAGGCCAAAGCGAAUCAUAGUGAAUAUCUUCAGGGUUGUGCUGAGUGCACCGAUGAAAAAGAAGAAGCGCCGAGCUCCAUGAUGAUGGCGGGGAGCAGCGUGCGGAUUGUCUUUGGCUCUGACACGGCUGAGCUCGUAGCAUAUUCGUCCUCUUUAUAUCGGUUGAAGGGCAGAACGCAAAAACGAAGAACGGGGCCCAACUGAUAAGGGCCGCCCAUUUCUAAAAAGCAACGAAAGAACGAAGCGCGACAAGAAAAAUGCGCAAUGGCGUCCGUGCCUUCCUCGUUCGUUCUCCGCGUGACCGCGCAGCGGGCUGUGGCGUCCGUUUUGGGUGCCACGAGGUUCAAGCGCGUGGCAGAGGGUGGCUUGCUCCCCACGGUGUGCCCUUUUGUGGGGAUGCGGCUGCCUCUUGGUGAGCCUACCAGGCUCCGCCUGUGCCAGUGCUUGGGUGGGAUAUGGUUCCGCGCUUCUCACUCCCCCGGACUCCGGCCCACUUCUGCCUUGGUGCCUCUUCACCGCCGUCAUCCUCGACUUGGUUGCCUUCGAGCAGUCUGGCUGCCGCUGUGAGGUCCGCAGACUCUACCGCAGUGGCUGUGGCGCUGCAACCUUAAGCCGGCCCUUUGAGUGCGACGUAGUUUGCUGCCUCGGCCCGGGUGCUGCGCCCUUGUGGCCUUCCUGGGGCGUGAGUGCUCUGGGUGAGCUCGCCUCUGCCUCGCGCUUCCUUGUCAGUGUUAUGGCGAGCUAUUCUUGCGGACUAACUGGGCCCCGCAUGUGGCUCCCGGGCUGCGUGAUGUUGGAGGGCCGCCAGGCUUCCUAUAUUAACUAACUAACUAACUGACUAACUCACUAACGCACUCACUAACUAACUAACUAACUAGCUAACGAAGAUCAUCGAGAGAAAGUAUACUACAGUAGACGGCUGGCCAAAUAAGCCGACACUUGCUUAGUUUGUGACUCAAGAAUAGUGGUUUUUCUGGUAGAAGAUGAUAAUUCCUCCAGAUUGUUCAGAUCGUGAUCCCCAUAUUUAUUUUCUUUUCCCUAAACUCCAUCAGGCAUGAACGACAUUGGCGACACGGUGAUCCCCGAUGCUCCUGAAAGUGCGCAGCUUUUGAGCGCCAAUUUUCCUAAAGCGAACAACAACCAAGACGACGACCAGGACAGCAACUUCUCGUUCUCUGACUUGAAUGAAGAGCUUUUUCGCUAUGCUGAAGAGUGUCCAACUAAAAAAAGUGUGGAAUUUGAGCAACGAGCCUUAGAAGAUCUCGAAUUUCCUGACGAAGUGGACACACCUCUGCCUCCAGCUGAAGCAUCAACGCGCUAUCAGAAAUAUAGGGGUCUGAGGUCCCUGAAAACGAGUCAUUGGGAUAGGUAUGAAGAGUUGCCUUUGGAAUACAGUAGAAUUUGGGAAUUUGAGGGUUUCAAAAGCUGCGCGAACGCAGCAAGGCAACAGCAACGCGACAACGUGGAAGAAGAAUUGGGAGAGGACGAAGUUCUGGUGGGUCGUUACGUCGUUGUCACGUUGGGAAAGAUGACGGAAGAUGGGCUUUUGAGGUUGCAGCAGCUGAAUAUGGUGAAAGUGUCAUCCUCUACUUCUGCGACAACUUGCUCUGCCGGACAACAAGAGACGAAACUAGUAGACGUGCAAGGUCCCGUUGUGGUUUCUUCUCUCUUUGAGCAUGAGCACCUGGUUUCCGUCAUGCACUUGCAGGUGCACAGAUGUACUGCUGGCACAGAUUCUUUGACUGGCGAAAAAACCCUCGAUCGCAGUGUGAAAAGCAAGACGGAAGUCGAGUUUCACUGCGGUUUCAGACGGUUUCUAGCAAAGCCAAUUUUCUCGCAGCUCCCGAAAAAAUCUUCCGCAGAGAAGGACAAGCAUUUGUACCAACGAUAUCUGCAUCCGGGACAGAGCUGCGUGGCCAGCAUUUACGCACCGAUCUUGUUUCCGCCAUGCACUGUGCUCAUGUUCGAACCCACAGCGGGAGCUAUCGACAAAGCCUUCGAGGAAGCCGAAAAUACUGGUGAAAAGGCAGCAAUCGCAGACAAGAACAACAGCACUUCCUCUACUAAGGCAGCAAUCGCAGACAAGAACACUACAACAGGCGAAGGAGCAAGAGAAUCGUGUGCGAGCACUUCCUCAAGUAGCACAACUUUAGCUCACAUGAUGGAAACGGAGGAGGUCUCUUGUGGAACAGAGCAGUCUUCGACAAGUAAGACUAAGUCCAUGCCCUGCAUAACAACCAAUAUUUCUGCCAUCCCCUCUUGGACCGAAGCAGGCAGGAAAAACCUCCUUGGCUGGGGUGAAGUGAUUGACGCCAACCCCAAAAAGAUCAUCGUGAAGCGGUCGAUCUUAACUGGGUAUCCGUUCCGAGUUCACAAGAACAAAGCGGUGGUGCGGCACAUGUUCUUCCGACCUGACGACAUCCGCUGGUUCAGACCAGUGGAACUGCGAACGAAGCACGGGCUGCGAGGGAACAUCAAGGAGAGCUUGGGCACCCAUGGCUACAUGAAGUGCGUCUUUGGCGAUAGGAUAAAGCAAAACGACACCAUAUGCAUGGACUUGUACAAGAGGCAAUUCCCGAAGUGGUAUCCGCCAACGUGGGGAGGGAAGGAAGAACAUGGACCGGACUCAUUAGCUUUGGGUUGAAGGACGUGGCUUUUUAGGUUGAAGAAGGACGUGGCUUUUAUUGAAUUUGAAUUACUUGCGCACACAUACUACACAACAUCCAUGGUUGGUGUACAUGUUUUUGAUUGAUGGAUCUCGAUCUUCAUAUUUUUCAUUUGACGAAGUAAAUGCAAGUCGACGUUCUUGUAUUGAGACGUAAAAUACACCUCAUUUUU